AUAGAAAAUGAGUAUAGUCACCGCUAACUUCAAAUAAAUUUUUAAAAAUUUAUUUAAAAAAAAAUAAAGAACGAACAAAUAAUUAUUUAUAGCGAACAUUGACGAACAAUCGACGAACAAACGAAUUGCUAAAAAAAAUUUGCCAAAAAUCGAAUUCCCCCCGCCAACUUAAGGGAGCUCUUAUCACUUGAUAAUUUUUUUGUUACUGAAUUAUUAACUGAAAGAUUACUCGGCACUUUUAGAAAAAUAUAAAAAUAAUUUUUAAAAUAAAAUAUUAUUUAGUAAAGUUUGAAAUUUAAUAUAUUGUUAAUUAAUUAAUUGUUUGCUAAUUAUAAAAUGUCGUUAUCAAAGCCAUCAGAAAUAGCUUUUAAUCUUGUUGCUUCUUAUAUGAAUAAUUUGUAUAAUAAUCCAAUAAAAACAAAAGCGAUAACUAGCUGUCUUAUAGCAACAUUUGGAAAUUAUAUCGCUCAAAAAACUCGAGGAGUCAAAGAAAUCGAUCACGAUACAUUGUCAGCUUAUGGAUUAUUUGGACUUUUAUUCGGUGGACCAGUACCUCAUUAUUUUUACAAAAUAAUUUAUAAAUAUUUCAAACAUCCAUUAGCUAUUUUAUUAAUCGAAAGAUUAUUAUACACUCCGUGUUUCCAAGUUCUUUCUCUUUAUAUGUUGUCAAGAUUUGAGGGUAAAUCUCAUCAACAAUCUUGUACAAAUCUCCAAAGACUUUAUUGGCCGGUACUUAGUGCAAAUUUAAAAUAUUUGACACUACUGCAAUUUAUAAACAUACGUUACGUUCCUCCAAUGUUGAAAGUUUUGUUUGUCAACAUAAUUGGACUUGCAUGGACAAUUUAUUUAGCGAAUGUUCGAGCAAAUGACGCCAGAAGACAAAGGAGAAAUUAAAAUUAUUUUAAAUAAUUGCCAUUAUAUUUUUAUAUUAUUUUAAAUGAAAUGUUAAUAUUUUCUUAAUUCAAAAUCACGGGUAUCUAAAGUACAACAAUAAUCAAAUAAUCAUGAAUAUGCCAAGUUAUAUUUUUUAUUUUUGUUAAUUUUAUCAAGUAACUGAAAGUUAAAAUAAUAAAUAUACGAAUCAAUAAGUUAUUAUUGUCAUAAAUUAUCAAAUAUUGAUAUUUAUAAUCUGACAGUUUAAUGACAAUCUUAGACGGGAGCUCCCGCUUUUUUAAAAAAAUUUAAAGACCUUGAUAUGUCAAUCGUAUUUGUAACUUAACACAAUAAAGAAAAUGUGUAAAUUUAA